UGUAAAUAAUCCUCGGACAAAGUUUUAAUGGGCUAUACCGUGGGAAACACGAGUUCAGUUUUAUUCGACCACCGUCCAGGAAGGACCUACAUCCGCUUAAAGUUUUAUUUUUUACAAAGUUAGCUUCCCGUUAUAGAACAAUGAAACGGAGCUUAAGUGACAGCGACAGUGAUGAUCUUUAUGACGAAAGCAUGAAAGCAAGUUCGCCGUCUCAAAGCUGUCAGGUAUCAGAUAGAAAGAAAAGACGAGGGGUGAUAGAAAAGAGGCGAAGAGACAGAAUUAACAGUAGUUUAUCAGAACUGAGACGCUUGGUGCCGUCUGCUUUUGAAAAACAGGGAUCAGCAAAACUUGAAAAAGCAGAAAUACUUCAGAUGACGGUUGAUCAUUUGAAAAUGCUACACCAGAAAGGUCUGAACAGCUACAAUUAUCCAGACCCUCAUUUAACGGCUGAUUAUAGAUCAGUGGGAUUUCGUGAGUGUGCUUCAGAGGUUGCCAGAUAUCUUGUAGCAGUAGAAGGCAUGGACCUUCAGGAUCCUCUCAGAAUGCGUCUGUUGGGUCAUCUUCAAUGUUAUACUGCACAACGAGAAAUCGUUUCCAAAACUACAUUCCAAAAUUCGUGGAACUCCGUUUCACCUCACCCGACAAUAAACAGCCAAUAUGGUAGCAGCACGGUUUCGACGAUGGGUUCAAUGGUGACAACACAACAAAACAGCCAAUCAGAGCUUGCCAUGACCCCACAAACAACCCAUCAUGGAUUAUCAAGUAGUGCCUUUACAGAUUCAAGACUUUCACAUAGUGACAUCCAACCGCCAUCUUCCAUUCAAGGCAAUAUGCGAUUAAGCGGCGGCGGAAAUAUCCAGUCCCAUCAUCAAAUGGGCUCGAUGAAUUCGACCAAUCAGCAACCAUCAUCAUCUCUUAUUCCCUCCAUUCCGCAAUUACAUAGACAACUUCCGAUGUCGUUUAACAUGAACCCUAUGCAAUCUAUGCAAUCAAUGAUGUCACAGAACGGUGCAAACGGAUAUGACCUCAAUUCAUCAAAACCCUACAGACCAUGGGGUAGUGAGCUUGCUUAUUAGAUUCCCGCGCUUUUUAUGACUUUGUGAUUGUUUAUCAUGUUUACGGAAAACAAGGCUUACUGUAUUAGAAGAAAAACAUGUAUAUAUAAAGAUUGAGGGUAGUAAAGGAUUAUUAUAUUUGCAAUAUAUUUGCCAUUUUUCACGUGCUUAAGGCACCGUUGUUUGUCAUAUUCGGUGCAAGUAUGAAAUUAUUCAGAAAAUGACAAAUUUUGAGGGCAUUCAUCUUGAAAUGAAAGUUUGUAUUUUACAUAUCCCCUUUAGCAACCCUCUUAGUUUUUAUUGACAAACAGAUUUUUCUGUGGUAUUUGAUAUUUUUCAACGACGUAAACGUCUUCCAUUUUGAAAUGUUUAUGAUAUUCAAAAGGCAGCAACAAAUUCAUUGUAUAUUUUUAAUCAAAAAGUGCCAUUUUCGGGAUUUAUGCAAUAUAAUUACAACGAUUUUUAUACAUAUUUGUACAUAUUGUUGGUGUUGUGAAGAAUUGACUUUUUACAUUGUUAUUUGUGCUCAAAACAAGUGCUAUGCAAGAUUAAUAAUACACUAUUUUGAAUUGUUUAUAUAAACUCCAUGCAUUUGUGUAAUAUGUUUACUUUAAUGUCAUUUUUUUUUACUAAAAAAAUUUGUUUUUGGAAUUGUCUGUAUCCAUUCUUUUAAAAGAUAAAUUUCUGGUACGUUCCAGAGAAAGGAGUCUUUUCGUGCAAUUAUUUUAAUCCAAAUAAUUAAUUUAGGAUAAAGACAUUAUCGUAGUAGAAAUAAAUUCCCCUAAAAUUAUCAUUUUGUUACUUCACGUCACAAUACAGAUACCUCUUGGUUCUCAUGAUGUAUCCUAAAUAAUUUAAAGUUAAUUUCAAAGAAUUUGACUACAGCUAUUUUUAGUUAGGAAACUUGGUACCAGGUUUUUCACAACGCUUUUGUUUGUUAUAUUAGUUCCGUAUUUUUUUAUUUAUUGUUUCGUUGUGUUAUUUUUUCAGUUGCUUUUUUUUUACAUUUUGUUGAUUUUUGUCUUAUACAUUUGUUUUCCCUUUUAAGAUAACAAUAAUUGUUUUGUGAUUGCCUUAAUUUAAAGUUUUCUAAAACCAACAAGUGCUGCUUUUGUAAUUUUUAUAUUGUACUAACAUAUAUAAAUUAAUAGAUCUGGACGAUUUCGAUACUUUUACAGUAGUUUUUAUAUUUGAAGUCGCUGAAAAUGAUUCGUAACAUAGCAUACCAAAUUCAUUUAUAAUGUAGUUAUAAAUUCAUUUUUUUUGUUUUUGGUUGAAAUUAGUCAAAAUAUUAAAUUGGUCUAUAUCUAUUUGUUUUUCGUUAUGUAUAUUGUUUUGCUCCAAUAUACAUUUAUCUGAAAUGUUUUCAAAUUUUGUCUUAUUCCGUUCAUAAUUUAGUUCUUGAUUUCUUUAGAUUAUUUUUUAUACAUUGAGACAAAGCGGUACAGUUGUAUUUUAACUUCUUGCUGUGCUUUUGGUUGUUUUAUUUAAGGCUUUGAUAAUUAUGUUUAACAUUUUGAAUGACAGGUGCAUAAUAAAAUGAUUUAUAAUUCAAAA